AUGGAUCAGCCUCAAGACCCAGACAAAGCACAGCAACAGCUGCUGCAACAACAACAACAACAGCAACAACAACAGCAACAACAACAGCAACAACAACAGCAGCAGCAACAGCAGCAGCCAUCCCCACCAGACGAGAACAAGGACUCGAACGACGCGAUCGACAUUGGCAAAGAGAGCAAUGGAGCCACACCCUCAACACCGUCCAGCAAUGGUCUCAACUACCCCCCAGCAGACAAACCGAUCGAUUCGUUGUCGAUGAGCGAGCGCAUGAUGAAGAUCGGCCGGAGUUGUCCUUGCGAUUUCACCACCACAGAGCAACCGCUGGGAGCUACACCUGCUGAUAGUAGCAGCGAGAACAGCAACGGGAACGACAGUCAUGGAUGCGACUGCCAGGGUUGGAAACCCAAACCUCCAGGGACGAUUGGCAGGGUCGAUAUCUGUGCUUGUGGACAUAAGCUCAGUCAUCAUGGUGGACCCUGGACGGGCGAGGAAUUUGACCGUCGCCUGAGGGCUGCCUUCCGUCGAGACGAGCUCUUGCAGGACAAGGGAAGGCUGCUGGACUUUGAGUACGACGACGAGGAUAUUGCUUCUUUGCGGAAGCAAAUCGUUCCAAGGGAUAUUCCGGCAGAGGACUCGAAGCCAGAGCCUGAACCUGAACCUGUCAACGGACACCAUGUGCCUAAUGGCAUCUCAGAUGCCAUUGAUGAGCUGAACGGGAUAACACCAGCGGAAGAAGCUUCUGUGCCAGAGCCUGCGGUAGAGAUGGAGGUCCCGUUGGAGAAUGGAAAUCUUGACACAGAAGACCUGGCUUCAAGAGACCUUGGUUCAGCUAACAAACACGAGCAUACGGACAUGGACGGCGAUAUUGAUCUUGACGUAACACGGGAACCAAAGCGGAUCAAAAUCGAGGCCGAGGAUGAGCAGGAGCCGACAAGCACUACUACCAACGGAGACGGACAUGUCGCUGACCAGGAGGCUGAGCCAUUGAGUGACACUGAACAGACCCAGGAGUCAAGUGCACCUCACGCCCAAGAAGAGGAAGACGAGGUGCCAAUCAAGAAGGAGAAACCAGCGGUCAUUGAAGAGCGGCAAGGGUUGAUCGAGUUCCGCGUGUUCACUAACGACGGCUCGCGGGAUUCGAUGAUUCUGCUGACCGGCAUGAAGAACCUGUUCCAGAAGCAGCUUCCCAAGAUGCCUCGAGAGUACAUUGCUCGCCUCGUCUACGACAGAAACCAUUACAGUAUGGCGAUUGUGAAGGCACCGUUGAUUGUUUUGGGAGGGAUCACAUAUCGGCCGUUCAACCACCGAAAAUUUGCCGAGAUUGUGUUUUGCGCCAUUACAUCGACAGAGCAGGUCAAAGGUUAUGGUUCGCAUUUGAUGAACCAUCUCAAGGAUUACAUUUCGGAAAACACGGAUGUCCAGCACUUUUUGACAUAUGCAGAUAACUAUGCCAUCGGAUACUUCAAGAAGCAGGGAUUCACAAAAGAUAUUACGCUGGAUCGGUCAAUAUGGAUGGGAUACAUUAAGGAUUACGAGGGAGGAACUAUCAUGCAGUGCUCCAUGGUUCCAAGGGUCAAGUACCUCGAGGUUAACAGCCUACUCCAAACGCAGCGAAAGGAUUUCAAAAAUGGCCCCAAGGAGGUCGACCCUAUGACCGUACCAGGAAUAAAGGAAUCGGGCUGGGAUCCGUUGAUGGACAUUACGCCUCGAGUACCGGUACAUGGACCCUACUACAACGCGAUGAAGCAUAUUGUGGCCGAGUUGAUCAAGGAUGCCUCGUCAUGGCCGUUCCUACACCCUGUUGACGUCGAAGCUGUCACGGACUAUUACUCCUACAUCAAGGACCCUAUGGACUUGUCGACGCUAGAAUCGAACGUGGAUGCGGAUGUGUAUCCGACGCUGGAUGAUUUCGGGCGGGAUUGUCGAAAGAUCUUUGACAACUGUCGGUUGUACAAUGGCGAGUCGACACCGUAUGUCAAGUGUGCCAAUAAGCUUGAGAAGGUCUUUAAGGACAAGCUGAAGGAGUGGAAGGAGGCAUAA